AUGUCUCUGAAAGAAAAUUCAAAUUUUGAGAUUGUUUGAAUUCGGGUAAUAAGCUUCUCAGGAGUGGCCUUCCAGCCAGACUUCUCUUGUAACUCUUGAAUACCUUCAUGGCAACUGAGAUCAAUGGUGACAUCCAGCUGAAGAAGCUCAUCAAGAGUAAAAAUUUGGUUUUUCUCCAUCUCUCUAAUAAUUGCAAACAAAGCCUUGUCUUCCUUUUUACCCCAUCUUUUGUGGACAAUACCGGUUAAUUUCCUUCUCCUUGUGGUCUUGUAGCUUUUUAGCUUAAGAGUAUCAAAAUCUGGCAACUGAGUGCUGAAAGUAUUUGCAUUCUCAGUGCUGGGGAUCUCAUCUUUCUGAUCCUUAUUUAAAUUAUCAUGCUCAUCUGUUAAUUCUGGGAGCUCAACUUCUGGUAUACCAUUAUCAAAUAAGCUUAUUGGGACUCCAAACGGAGUCU